AAUGAUGCAACAAAUUUCAACUCUUUCCUUUCUAAUUCUGCUGAGUAUCUUUUUAGAAAGUCAAUCAAAAAAAUUAAGCGAUUUAUAUAAACUUGGAAAGAUAACUGCUGAUGAAGAUUAUUGUUCUAUUGAAUUGGAUAAAUGUACAAAGAAAUUAAAGAAUGAUAAAUCUAGUACCUCGUCUCCUAUGACUUUUUCAAAAACAUGCGAAAAUCGAAAUUCUUAUUUGGAAUGCGCAAGAAAACUUAAAGGAAAAGUUCUAACUGUUAAAAAUAACGUAAAAGUUCUUUGUACAAUUGAACAUUUCGACAUUUUUGAAUCAUGUAUAAAAAACGCUUGCAAAGAUGCUUGUAAAUGCGAAAUGAGCCAUUGUGAAGAAUUCUCUAAAGAUAAAUGUCAAAAGUGGUAUUGUCAACGAAACGCAAAUCGUCACUGCCAAGGAGAAUUUAUUAAUUCAAACUUUAAUUCUCCAUCAAUGAUUGUACUUGAUGUAAUAAAAUUAAUUUGCAGAGAAACAAAAAAUAUAUUCACAAAAAAUCAAUGUAUACACAAGAAGAAACGUGAUAAUUUGAUAUCGUAUUGUUCAUUAUAUAGUCAAAAAACUGAAAAGAGAAAGAAAAAUGGAGUUUACAGCUCUACGACUUUAUUGUACGCUAAAACUGAACUUUUAAACUAA